AUCACUGUCCUAGUUGAAGCCAUUCAGUUGCCAUUUACAACAGUGCCAAGUCCAGAGCUGAUGAGUAGAAGUCCUCAUCAAGUUUUCACCAUGCCAACCAAAUCAAGGAAAUCAAGGUCCCACAGUUCUCGGCCUGUCAAGAAGACAAAGUCACCCAAAAAGAGGUCCUCUAGUGCCAAACCGACCAAGAAAGAGGUAGACCUCCUCAGCCCAGCAGCCAUGGAGAACGUCUACUAUAUUUCUCAUAAUGCGGUGGACUGUCUGAAAUUCAGAGGCUUUGGGCAGCCAAGUGCAAAUAAAAAGAAGAAAAAGAAGAAGGGACCAAAGCGUAAGAAGAAAAAGUAGAUCACAAUAUUUGCCAAAGCUAACAGACUUUUAUUAUUAGCGUAAAAUGAAUGCUGUAUUUAAAUGCAUUGUCAGUAGUGCUGUCUAGUGGACAGAUUUGUAAUAACACAUUUGAAAUUUGAAGGUUUUGAGAGCUGGAACUAGUGUAGUGCAAAUUAGCAAUAAAAUGUUACUAAAUUAAUGACAACUUAAAAUUUCUUUAUCAUCAACUUUAUUGUAAGCUAAACUGAUUUAACAUUUUGUUUGCACCUCCAUAAAAAGGCUGCUGUUCUGACAGCUCAAAAGCUUGUUAAAGAAUGUCUUAUCUCAAUGGAAUUCAACACACGAGCAAAUGCACACUCAGUCUCAUGACGUCCACAUAAAUGUGGAGAUAAUGAAUGUGAAGUAAGGUUAAACACCACAAUGCAUCACACAAAAGGCCUAUCAACAGUGUCACGAUCAAUUCUGCAAUGUCUGUCAUGGCACUAUUGGAUAAAGUGAUCCCACAAGUAAGUUGUAACAGUUUUAAAAUCCAGUCUUAAUACUAUUUUACUAUCUUACAAAAAUAGGCUACAAUUAAACAUGCCUAUACAAAGGGAUAAAUAAAUGGUGUUUUAGGCACUGCUGACAUUUUCAAACGUAUAAACAGUCUGUCCUUCAACCAAAAUGUACACUCUUCAUACCAAAACUAAAAUAAAUAGUUUCUCUCUGCA